AUGCGUUUCUCAGUUGCUGCUCUCCUCCCUCUCGCUGCUCUCGCAGUCCCCACCCUCUCUGCUUCCGUUCAAGCCAGGGAUGACUCCUACAGUAGUGUAGGUUACAAUGGCUACAAUGACGGUGGCAGCAGGGACUACAGCAAGGACUACGGUCACAACGAUGGUGGCAGCAAGGACUUUGGCAAGAAGGAUGAUGACAAGAAGGACGACCGCAAGAAUGACGGCGGCAGCAAGGACUUUGGCAAGAAGGAUGACGACAAGAAGGACAACCACAAGAAUGAUGGCAGCAGCAAGGACUUCAGCAAGGACAAAGACGACAAGGACCACGGGCGCAAAGGCUGUACCUGGGAGCCUGUGUUCGAGCACAAGAAGGACUUCAGGGGAUGGAACAACGGCAAGUACACUCCCUACGACCACAAGGAUGUCAAGAAAGACUCCCAUGAGAUCGACUGCAAGAACCUUUGCGAGAAGGAUGACAAAUGUAAUUCUUGCCAGGUCUACUCCGAGGAAGAGAUCGAGGAGAAGUUCAUCUGCGAGCUCUUCGAAGAGAUUAUCGAUAUCUUGACUUGGGAGGAUGACUGUGAUGAAGACAAGGAUGAUAAGAAGGAUAGAAAGGACAGGGAUAGCAAGAAGGAUGCACCACAAAAAGCGAGAAAAGGUUACAUGCCUUUACAUAAGAUGACUUCGUAUAUAGCCUGA